AUGGAACUCGACGUCACCGCACCUGAAGACGUGCUGAAGAAGAAAGCAGAGGAGGUUGAUGCCGCUUUCUUUGCGGAAUACGACGAAGCAUUCCUUACCAAGGCCCUCCGCAAUAACGCACUGGGCCCACUGAACCUCACCCGUGCUUUUCUUCCGUCUAUGCGCGCCCGGUCAUCAGGGACCAUCUUGUUCAUUUCUACGUACGGAGUCAACUUCGGCUCUCCAGGAGCCUCCCCAUAUCUUGCGUCCAAGGGCCUAUUGGAAGCCCUAGUGCCUUGUCUCGCCAGCGAGGUGCAGCCUUUCGGUAUCCGCACCUGCCUCGUCCAACCGGGGCUCUUCCGCACGAAAGUGUUUACGUCUGGCAACGUCCAGUACCGAGCGCCGAACAAGUUGCCGGAAUAUGCGGCGAUGAACAAGUUGGUCAAAGACGGCUGUAGUACUAUGGACGGUGCGCAGAGUGGAGACCCCCAGAAGGCGGCGCAGACCAUUUUCGAAGCUGUGAGGGGUGAGGGACGAUGUGCGGGCAGAGAACUCCCUGAUCGGCUUCCACUGGGCGAAGAUGCAGUUCAGACGUUUAGAGACAGCUCGCUGGCUAAAGUCAAGAUCGCGGAUGAAUGGGAGAGUAUCUCGUCAUCUACCGGUUACUGA